AUGAAUCAUUCACGUGAGAUGAAACAUUGCACACAGACAUAAAAUUAUAGAGUUGAGAAUGUGGCACGACGGAGGGUCGUAAAUUCUUGAGAGAGAAGGCCGGUAGCGAUAGAGAAGAAGGAGUCAGUCGGACGAAAAUGAUCGCUGCUGUACUGACCGCGCUGCUCUUUGCGUCAGCAACUACUGGUGAGCAGAAAAAGUAUCUUCUUUGCAAUACAAUAUCCAUGUUCCCGUUCCAGAGGUCACCGCCGAUGACAGCCUGUGCCCAACGAAUUGGUUCUUCUCCACGAACACCUCCUACUGUUACACCACCUCUUCCCAAUACAUGACUUACUACGAAGCAAUUAACUACUGCCAAUCCAUCGGAGGCGCCCAGGUCUUCAUCUCAACUGACCGAGAGCGCACCUAUCUCAUCGAUUUCACCUCGAGUUCAUUUGCUCAGCCAUGGCUUGGAAUCACCAGAAACACAACAACUAACAAAUGGUACAACUCCGAUGGAACCACUCCUCUCAUCGCGUAUUGGCUCACCGGGGAGCCUAGUGAAAAUGGAGACUGUGCGACAUUCAAAGGAACGAGUCCCAGUGGAAUGAAAGCGACUCCGUGCUACAGUAUCCAACCGGCCCUCUGCAAACAGCAGCCGGCUCUUUGUCCUGAACAGAGGUACUACGGAGGCUUGAGCACGAGAUCUGGAACCAUUCAGUCGCCGGGCUAUCCAACACAGUACUACAACAACUUGAACUGCUGGUAUACUAUUACAUGUAGGCGGAAGAAGCAGUCUAUGCACAAGAGAUUUUGUCAUUUCAGCCCCGGUAAACACCUACAUCACAAUCCUGUUCAGUCCGUAUUUAGUCGAAGAAACUUUUGAUUAUGUUGACCUCUACGACGGUCCGAACUCGAGUUAUCCAUUCCUCGGAUCGUUCGUUGUACAUUUUGAUCUCUCAUAUGACAAUUCGUUCAUUUUCCAGAACCGAUUAUUGGUGGUACACGCGGUACGACUUCGAAAGUUCCAACAACUCGGUCAGCUUCAUAUUCCACACGGACAACAUUAUUACCGACAAAGGAUGGCUUGCCACGUGGAGUGCAAAGUGGGUAUCUAUAUUGGAAGCGAUCUUUCAGCCGUUAUCAUUAAUUUCUGUUAUCAAUCUUUGCUACUUGUUCUAGAUCAAACACUCCACCGAUCAGUCAGAGCGGGCAGAAUGGCUCUUUCACUUCGCCCAACUAUCCGAACGACUACGAUGCAUACACGGAGCAACUCUACUACAUCACGGCGCCACUCGGAUUCCAGGUCAACGUGACCAUUGAUGACUUCACGACAGAGGCCAAUUACGAUGUUCUGGAGGUGUAUAACACGUCCUACGUCACCACAAAUGGUCUUAUCGCGAAGUGAGUUCGGAAAAAGUGGUCAGGAAAUUGACCUCAUAAGGCUACAAUAGUUGUUUGCCGGUCCUUUGGCAGCGGCCCCGUGCUUCUGGGUCUGAGGUUCAAAUCGGACUACAUGAAGGGAUUCCACAUCUUUUGGUUCCUCGCCCAGUAAACUCGAUCUAAUAAUUCUCAACUUUUCUUCUCCCCAACAGACGUUUUUUCAAUUGGUUCUUUCAGUUUGUCCGGGUCGGCAGUCGCCCCGUGGUCCUGGGUAUCGCCUUCUCGUUAUGUGACGAUGCGGUUCAAAUCAGACGCAAUCAUCAACAAGAAGGGAUUCCAUAUCUUCUGGUUCCUCGCUUGA